CCCCUGGGAACCAACGGAUCAGUCACAGACGUACCCUCUCUGCCUACGGUGGUUAGUUUAGCGUAAAAUCAGUUUUGGUCAGUUUUUCGCGGUUGAAACAACCGAGUUUCGCAUACACAACAACAACAACAACAACGCAACAACAUGUUCCGAGUGUUCGUCAUUGCUGCCCUGGCCGCCGUUGCCGUCGCCCAGAACCCGGACGCCGAUGCGCAGGUGCUGAGCUCCGACAGUGUCGUCAACCCGGACGGCUCGUACCAGUGGAACUACGAGACGAGCAACGGUAUCCGCGCCCAGGAGCAGGGCGUCGGUGGCCAGUCGGCGCAGGGUUCCGCCUCGUGGACCGACCGUGACGGUACGCCCAUCUCGCUGACGUACGUGGCCGACGAGAACGGCUACCAGCCGCAGGGUGACCAUCUGCCGCGCGAGGGCCCCGUCCCGGCCCACGUGCUGAAGACGCUCGAGUUCAUCCGCGCCAACCCGCCCAAGGACGACCCGAACUUCAACAUCCAGGCGCUGGAGGCCGAAAUCGCCAGACUGCAGGCUCUGCAGUAAGCAGCAGAACGGGCGAGCGGAGCAGUUGGGAAGUUGACGCAGCCGUCACUAAAUCUGCAUCAGUCAUUGAGAGCAAUAGGGAAGGGAAGAAUGGUAGACAGUAAGCAAGCCAGCGUAGAGAAGAGAGCAAGUGCGACACGGUGCGUACACACCAGCGUGUGCGGAGUAUGAGAUUUUAUGGUGAAAAGCCACGUUUUCACUGUGACCUGUGCACAUACUCACAUGCAGCCAGCCGCUGCACGAUGCAACAACACAGCAAGAACACACCAUCAAGCCUUCCCGAAGAGCGAGAGUAUUGCCGAAAGAAAACGUUAUCGACAAAAGGGGAAAAGGAGAGCAAAACGAGGUUAGAAGAAAGAUUCUUACAAAAAAAAAACGUACACUUACUACACACACAGAGAAACACACUACACUAGAAAGUAGAGGAAGGGAAAAAUGGCAACAGCAUCCCCGGAAAAAGAAUGAUAAGAACAACCCACGUAAACGGAAGGCAAAGCCACUAACUAAGCGAACCAUCAGACGUAGGACAGCAGGCAAGGCGUCCACCUCUUUUUUGUUUUCAAUUCUCUUACACCACACUACACUUACUGCGAAGCUGUAAUACUUUUGUACAUAAUUUUGACUAGUUCAUUUACAAACGUCUGUGAAAAAAUA